CAUGUGUGUACAUACACACCACGGUGCAAGUGUGGAAGUCAGUUCUAGGGAUCGGACUCAGGCUGUCAGGCUUGGUUAUCGGUGUCUUUAUCUGUGCUGUUUAUUACCUUCACCCAUCUAACUAGCCCCCACUUUUUAAAAGUUUCAUCAAUUCAAACAUGAACAUUAGGGAUCUUCAAAUAUGGUUGACCUGGACUUGCUGAACAACAAAAUAGCCCUCAUAGUUAUAAUUGGUAUCAUGUUGUUUUCCAAUUAAAAAUCCCUGGUUACCUUGGCCAAAAAGAUGGCUCAGCUGGUUAAGGUUCUUGCCACUAAGCCUGAAGACCUAAGUUUGAGCCCUGGCCCCCACUUGGUAAAAGGAGGGAACUGUGUUGUCGUCAUUGUCCCCCUCAAUAAAAUACAAUUUUUUUUAAUCUCUUAACACCAAUAUAAAAUUGACUCCCGAGUUUUCAAAAUACAAAGUGAGCUUUUUAUUCAUCUGACACAGGGUCAUAUAUAGCCCAGGCUACUUCAAAUCUCUUGACUCCCAAGUUCUGGGAAUACAGGUGUUUUUGUCACAGGAGGGCAAGACACUCUUGAAGCAAUAAAAAGCCUAAUGGCAAAGCACUGUAGAACAGUGGCUGAGGCAGAAUGCUAGGGAGACAGAAUCUGAUUUCCUCAGCCAUCGUUCACCUCUUCCUCUCUGCUCGCUCAAAGCCAUGAUGGCCUGGAAGAAAAUGGGUCUGAGUAGAGGCAGCCUUGGCUGUUGGUACCCAUGUUUGUAGUCUUACUGUGUGCAGCACCUUCCUUGCAGGUCAGGAUAGAAUUUCAGGUCCAGUUCAGGAGAAAAAGUUCUUGUUACCAAUAUAACAGGUAACUUUGGUCAAGAUUUCACAUAGAAAGUUCUAUUUAAAUGACAUUUGCUGUUCCAUUUUUCUUCGAGACAGGGUUUCUCUUUGUACAGUCCUGGCUGUCCUGGAACUCACACCCACCCCCCACGCCCCCAGUGCCGGGAUUAAAGGUGUGCACCAACCACUUGGUCAGUUUGAAUUUGAAAUGCAAACUCAGUUAUUCUCAUUAAAACAGGCUAGUUAGAUUUUUCCUAGUGGUUUUACACGUACUCUGGCAAACGUUAAAGCUGGAGGUCGGUUUUUGGCAUUAAAGCUUCCUGGCACUUGUUGACCUACUGCAUCAGGUCAAAAAUCCAGACAUUUUGGUGAUGAGCAACAGUGAUGUAUAUAAUGUAUGUAAUGGAGGGUUACUAUCUCUUGAUGCACUGCCGAUUAGUUUGAACACACACCCGAGACUGCCAGCCUUGCGCUUUUCAUAUCAUGCAGGAAAUAGUGCUCAUGUAAGUGCAGCGACUAGAAAGCAAAUUAACUCUUGCUUGGCCCUAAGUCUUUUCCAGGACCUUCCAGAGGUUCCAUCCAUAUUCCUCGCCCUUCUGAGUCUUAAGUAGCCCAGGCUGUCCUCAAAUCGCUAUGUUGCUGCAGAUAUCCUUCAAUUUACACUCCCGCCUCCACGCACCCAGGGCUUCGUGCAUCCUAGGCAAGCACUCUCCGUACCGAACCACAUCACCAGCUCAAACCUACCAUUUUAUUUAAGGAUAAUUUACCCAGCUGUCUUGACAGCUAGGAUGAGAUGAAAACCGCAGCUUCCGGGUCUUACCAGGAUGGCUCCCCAAAACCAGCAUCUUGCAAAAGCCGCUGGGUGUCCCAAGAAAAGCUGCCCGGGUUAGGAACGCGCCGGAACUUUUGGUUCCAGGCAGUGCAGCGAGCAGGCAGCACCAAGGAUCUUCCGGGGAGAGAAGUGGGUGCAUCGCCAUGGCCGCGGUGCCGUUCUUGAAGCAUUGGCGGACUACUUUUGAGCGGGUGGAGAAGUUCAUGUCUCCGAUCUACUUCACCGACUGUAACCUCCGCGGCAGGCUCUUCGGGGACAGCUGCCCGGUGACACUGUCCAGCUUCCUAACGCGGGAGAGGCUUCCCUAUGAGGAGGCGGUGCAGAAGAACUUCAGCCCUGCGCAGGUCGGCGACAGCUUCGGACCCACAUGGUGGACCUGCUGGUUCCGGGUAGAACUGGUCAUCCCCGAAGCAUGGGUGGGCCAGGAAGUCCAUCUUUGCUGGGAAAGUGAUGGAGAAAGCCUUGUCUGGCGUGAUGGAGAACCUGUCCAGGGUUUGACCAAAGAGGGUGAAAAGACCAGUUAUGUCCUGAUGAGAGGAGACCCCCGGAGCUUGACCCUCUACGUGGAAGUAGCCUGCAGUGGGCUUCUGGGGGCCGGGAAGGGAAGCAUGAUUGCAGCCCCUGACCCCGAGAAGAUGUUCCAACUGAGCAAAGCUGAGCUGGCUGUGUUCCAUUGUGAUGUCCACGAGCUCCUGGUGGACCUGGAGCUGCUGCUGGGUGUGGCCAAGGGCCUCGGGGAGGACAACCAGCGCAGUUUCCAGGCCUUGUAUACAGCCAAUCAGAUCGUGAAUGUGUGUGACCCCGCCCAGCCUGAGACCUACUUAGCAGCCAAGGCCCUGGCCUCCAAGUUCUUUGGCCAACAUGGAGGUGAAAGUCAACAUACCAUCCAUGCCAUGGGUCACUGCCACAUUGAUACAGGUAGGACACCAACCACUGGUUGUUAGGGUGUCAGGGGUACCCCUUUAAGCCCUGGCUGUGCCUGAAAAGCACAUGAUCCUUGGUAAUUUUUUUGCUGCCUUUGGACCUUAUUUUUUCCCAUGUGUAUAAUGAGUUAGGGAUCUUGGAUCAUGGGCUCUUCUAGCGAUGGCUUGCUUAUUCUUCCAACAAAAGCUGAUGCCUUGAGAGGCCUGUGACAGACACUGGGUGGGUUGUGGGGACUGAUGACCCCAGAGUGGCCAGGCACGGUGAUGUUGCAUAUGGAACUUGGGGCCCGAAGAGGUAUUUAACCUAGCUAGAUUAGGAAGUCCAGAGAGGGUUCCUGGGCAACGUGACUUUUGAAUUAGUGAGGAUGAAAAACCCAGAUUGAGACAGGGACCCCCAAGCACGGGGUGGGUUUCCAGGAAAGGUCAAGUGUUCGGCUUUGAACCUGAUGAGUUUGGAGUAUCUCAGAGCUUUGGGCUUUUGUUUUUUUGCCCAUUGUUACUGUGUUUAAGUUCAGGUGUUUGCUGUGUAUCAUGGGCAGGUUUUGGUAGCAGUCCUCCGGCCUCCGCCCCCUGAAUGCUGGAUUACAGGGCCUACUCUGGGAUGCGCCUUGGUCUUGACCCAGGUGCUGGGGUGAUGCGCAGUUUUAAGAGGGUUGGGCUGGGGGUGGGGAGCACAGCUAACUCAGCUUAAGGACUCGCCCACCCAAGGCUGAUGGUUCUGUGACUCUGGACAACGGCAUCAUCCGGGUGAGACUGGAUCCAACCGGCUGCCUUACUUCCCUGGUCCUGGUGGCUUCUGGCAGGGAGGCCAUUGCUGAGGGUGCCCUGGGGAACCAGUUUGUGCUGUUCGAUGAUGUACCACUGUACUGGGAUGCGUGGGAUGUCAUGGAUUAUCAUCUAGAGACACGGAAGCCUGUGCGGGGCCAGGCAGGGACCCUGGCGGUAGGCACUGAAGGUGGCCUUCGGGGCAGUGCCUGGUUUCUGCUGCAGAUCAGCCCCAUGAGUCGGCUCAGCCAGGAGGUUGUGCUGGACAUUGGUUGUCCCUAUGUCCGCUUCCACAGUGAGGUAGAAGGGGCAGGGUAGUGGCCUUCUUUCCCAGAUGGGGCUGGUGAGGAGACCUAAUGGCCUUCCCUUGUCCCCAUGCUCCAUUCCACUCCCAGGUGCACUGGCAUGAGCCCCCCCACACACACACACGUACACACACACACACAUACACAUACACACACACACAUACACACACACACACACAC